GGAGGAGGCGUGUGACAGGAAUGGGCGGGCUGCUGCUGCUGCUGCCUGUGUAAUAUACCGAACCGCAGCCAGAGGCUAGUAGUCAUAACUCAGAUAAGGACGGUGUGAAGGAGAGGUGACUUGCUGCUAGCGCAUCACAACACAGGAAUGGCCUCCACAGGCGGGGACAAUAAUGUGGACACAGAACAGACUCUCACAUGUUUGCUCAUGAAGCUGUACCAUCCUCACCAAGAUGACAGAAGAAUUUUUAGUGCCAUUGAAUUGUGCAGAAAACACGAGAUCCGAGCCGAGGAGGUGGUUUCCUUUGGACGGGACGUUAAUUGCUGUAGGUUCACCUUGCUACAGAACAGAGUCUCCCGCAUGCAGUUUGCUUUGCAGUUCUUCAAACCAUUCAAUAGUUCAGCAUUGUCUUUUGAGAUAAAAAACCUAAGCAAGAAAACCAAACUCUAUGUUGAUGGAUGGGAACUGAGUUACCUCAAUAAGGUCGACCUUCCUCCAAAGUGCAUGGUUCGUUUUGGGGAAUUUCAGAUUCUGAUGGAGACUGAAGCCGGAGAGUCAGAGGACAAAUUUGCAGUCUACUGUGAAUUAUCGCGUGUUUCUCUUGUACAAGAAACAGGCCAUCCAGUGAAGCAAUCCAUUCCUGAAAACGGCCCAUUAAAUGAGUCAAACCAUCAGCCUCUUAGUGUCCCACCAACUCCUCCCCCAGUGGAAGAUGAUGAAAACUAUGUAUAAAAAGGUUAUUAUCUGUGUAUUACCAUUCAUAUACAAAUACAUGAAGAACUGAUGAAAUAACGCCACCGUAGCCUUGGUGUAAAAGCCGCACUGCGGCCAUCUUGCUCCCAAAGACUUCAUAUGAUACGGUGUCUCAGGAUGAAGUUAUUCUUAUAAGACACUCUAUCCAUUUUUAAAGGAGUGAUCCCACGAAUGUAAAUUCUCUUUAAAACUCUAUCACUCGCAUGUUUGGAGGACUUUCUUUCCUUUCUGUGGGCGGCCUACAUCUCCCAAGAUGCAUUGCAAUUA